AUGGAAAAUGAAUCAUUUGGUUUUAGAUCUGAGUUAACUCUGGACCCAUUUUCUAUCCCACCUGGAGGAAAGUACCCCAUAUUCUUUUUUGGUAUUGCAGUCUAUUUUUUUGCAAUUUUCUGCAACCUGACUUUGUUGACUCUGAUCAUUGUGAAGAAAAACCUUCACAAGCCCAUGUACUUCAUCCUGUUCAGUCUUCCCCUUAAUGAUUUGAUUGGGAUCUCUGCAAUGCUUCCUAAAGUCUUGUCAGACAUUGUUACUGAGUCCAGCAGAGUUUUCUAUCCUCUCUGUGUCUUACAGGCUUUUCUGCUGCACAUGUACGGUGGAGGGAUUCUGUUUAUACUCGCAGCCAUGUCUUUUGAUCGUUAUGCAGCCAUCUGCAUGCCGCUACGUUACAGCUCCAUCAUGACCCCCAGAGUUGUCGUCUUUAUCGUGUCUCUAGUUUGGGGUCUUGACUUUGUCCUGAUUGUUUCACUGUUCUCCCUGCAGACUAGACUUCCCCGCUGCAGGUCUGUCAUCAUGAAUGUGUUCUGCGAUAACCCCUCUCUGCUGAAGCUCACAUGUGGAAACACGAUGCUCAACAACAUCAUAGGACUGUUCACCACAGCUGUCAUGCAGGUUGUGAGUGUCUCUGUUCAGGUGUUUUCAUAUGUGAAGAUCCUGAUCACAUGUGUGGUUUCACGGAGGUCUGAAGCAAAAGCUAAAGCAGUCAACACAUGUGUGGCUCAGCUGGUCAUAAUCAUCAUAUUUCAGAUUGUAGGAAUGUUCACUAUUUUAUCUCACAGGUUCAAAAAUGUUUCGGCUGACCUGCAGAAGAUCAUGGGCAUGCUGAUAUUUGUUGUUCCUCCUCUCCUCAAUCCGCUUGUAUACGGCUUAUAUACAAGAGAAAUACGAAACACUUUACUCACAGUCUUAAAGAAGAGUAGAGUUUCUGCAUAA